AUGCCAAAAAAGAGUGAGGAAGUAGAAUUAAAAAGUAGAGACACUGGAGCUAAAGUUAAGGUACAAUCAGAUGAUUUGUUUGCCCCACAAGAUAAACAAGAUGGAGAGGGAACUAAUAAAGCAGCUAAAAAGCUACCUUCCAAGAAAAGGAAGUCUUCUAGCUCAGAAGAAGAGGAUUCCUUUGAAAAUAAAUAUAAAAACAUUAAGCAAUAGAAAUAAUUUCGUAAAAAGCAAUAGUAAGAUGACGAAGAAAACUAGUAAAACUAACCAGGAAACCCUGACUUGGAGUAAGAUAGACCAAGAAGAAGGUAGAAAAGAAUGGACGCUGAAGAAGAACCUUUAAAUUAGGUUGAAACUGAACCUGUGAGAUAAAGACAAUCAAAGUAAAGAUAGGUUUACGAUGAAAAUGAAGACUUAUAUGAAGAUGAGCUAUACUAUGAAAUGACAUAAAAGUAAACUAAGAUAUGGUAGAUUGAACACUAUUAACCUUAUUUCAAUCUCAGCACCUUUGAAUUAUUUGUGAGAUUGAGGAAAUCUUUAUGGCCAUUUUGUACUAAGUCACAUUUAUUUGCAGACGAGGAUGUAGUUGAUCUAUAUGGCCCACUAUGGAUCAUGCUGACGCUCAUAGUUGAAAUUGCUAUAGUAGGAUUUAUCGAUUACUAGAUUGAUAUCACAACUGCAGCUAUGGAUUUGAAGAAAGGAAAAAUUAACUUAGCAUUCGUCACUUAUUCUUUACUGAAGGUAGCACAGGCAGCUUUCGUCUGUGUUGCUUACUUCAUUCUUAACCCCUUACUUUUAUUCCUAUUGAUAAAGUAUGUUUUGUGGGUAUCAGAUAUUUAAUACAUAUGGUUAUUUGCAAUUUAUGGUUAUUCUUUUACCAUUUUCAUAAUAACAACAGGAUUGAAUGUAGUUCCAAUCACUUGGCUAAAAUGGGUCUUCUUAGCAGUAUCUGGCAUAGUUAGUCUAUUUUUCAUAGUAUCGGAGAUCUAAAUUCAAUCCGACCUAAACAGCAGAAUAAAUGUUUCCUGGUAAUUAUUUAUGAGACUAAUGACUAUAGACAUCAUUUUGGAUAAGCAUGACAAAAAGGAGAUGAUAAAAAGCUUACUAAAAUACAACCCUAAUAAGCCAUAUGAUAAUAAAAAGAUAAAGCAAAUUGAAUAGGAUCUUAAAUCAAAGUUUCUUAAGAAAAAUCAAAGCGAGAAGGCAUUUAGCUUUAUGGUAACAAAUGAUCGAAAUUCAUUAGAAAAUCCCUAGCAUCUAAAAAGAGAGUAAAGCCAACCAGAGUUUAAUUCAAUAAUGAUCUAGAAACCAAAGGAUAACUAGGUUAUAUAUGAGAGACUCUAGAAUCAGUACAAGGAUUAUGUGGUAGGGGGUAGCAGUAAUUACUAAUUUUACGCUUAGAAGAGGAGGAAUAAGAAUCUUGAGUUGUUAAGUCCAUUGAAUAAUAAUUACAACUCGACAGGUUAGCUUAAUGGGGAUUCUAUGCCAAAUGUAAAAAUAGGAAUUCCCCCAACUGAAAAAGCUAAGAGAUUUAUUUACGACAAAAGCUCUCUAAAUAAGUCUACAUAAAGAAUAGGCAUUAGCUUGCCAAGCCCUGUUGUUUACAAGAAUUAAUUUGGUCUGAAGAACUAAAGCGAACUUAAAAGAUAUGAAAAUGUGAUUGGGAAACUAUAGUAACUAGCUUUGAGAUUAGAUUUAAACAAAAAUAAUAUUGAUGCAUAAAAGCCAAUUCUGAGAAACUUUAACCAAUUACAUAACAUAAAUAUACCCCUACUAGAGGACAAUCAAAAUGAAUAUGAAGAGAGAAUAAUAAGUUAUGUAGAAAAAAGAAAAUUCUUGGAGAUUAAUGAUAGUAUAAGGCAACUCAAAUCAGUUGAUGAUCAUUUCGCAUAUGCGAUAACAGGUGAAAUAAACAGAGAUUAGAAUAAAACAGUUAUUUCUGCCUAUAAUGAUGAAAGUGUAAUGCUUAGUCAGACAAGAAAUACAUCUUAAUUGGAUAAAUCAAAUUCUAAGAAUAAGAUAGUAUACAAUGAAGGUUGUGGAGUUGCAUUAGUUAAUGAAAAACAAGGUCAAUUCGAUGCUACUACGAUUUAAUAUUUUGAAACAGGAAUAUCCUUGACUAAAGUUUCACAAUAUAUGAAGGUGGUUGCUGAUAUUAAGAAUUAUGUGCUUUUAGAGGGAAAUCUUAUGAAGAUCUAUAAAUUUACUGAAGAUGACCAUGGGAAAGGGAAAUGGAUUGCAAUCAAUUUACAACCGGGUGAGGAUUACAUUUUCGAUUAGAAGACUUUAUAUGCAAUUGGAGCUUAUCAAAAUUUAACAUAUAAUUGA